GAAAGGAACCAUUCUCUGCAAACGAAAAGGGGGUUGGAAACUUCGAGACACUGAAGUUCACGACAAGAUGAUAAUCCAGGGCAAAGUAGGGUUUGUUACUGGUGGGGCACAGGGAAUAGGACGCGCUAUAUGUGAGGCACUGCUGCAAAAGGGGGCUAAGGUUAUUAUAGCGGAUAUCGACGCUGCAAAGGGGAAGUUGACAGCGUCAGAGCUUGCCACUGAGUAUGCUGAUAACAUCACCUUCAUUGAAUGUGACGUGACGAAUCAAGAAAGUGUGGAAGAUGCGUUAGGAAAAGCAAAAGAUACAUAUGGCCGACUGGAUAUCAUUGGUAAUAACGCAGGCGCCAUGAUGGAAAAUGAUCCGAUAGGUACAAUCAACUUGAAUUUGUGUGGAGUGAUGCGUGUAGCAGCAGUUGCCAUGGGAUACAUGAGAGCUGAUAAAGGUGGCAGCAGUGGGGUCAUUGUCAAUACGGCUUCAUAUGCUGGUCUUAUGCCCUUUGCCACAUGCCCGGCCUAUUGUGCUUCAAAAUAUGGCGUUGUUGGAUUCACAAGGUCUUUUGCUUUGAGCCAAGACUAUGAUUUGCACAAGGUUCGAAUGGUUUGCCUAUGUCCUGGAAUGGUUGAUACCUCCCUGCUGAGCCAUCUUUCCGAAGAAGGCGAAAAGGAUGGGUUCAUUCUCUCUUAUGAGGAGGUCAAAGAUGUAGUGAACAAACCACUUAAGCCAUCUGCAGUGGCUGAUGUAUUCAUAGACCUGGUUGAGGAUGAAAGCAAGAAUGGAGCAGCUAUGCUUAUCACACUAGAGGGUCCACCGCGAGACAUCGAGUUUCCAUGCAUCGUGUUUGGAUUUUUUUCUCAAGUCAAACAUUCGACACGCCAAAGGUUUACAGGAACAUAUCCCUGCUUAACGGUUCUGAGGAAGAGCAGUUUGAGGAAAGGGACCGUUCUCUGCAUACGUUUUGGAAGUAUUGGAAACUACCUUCAAGACACUGAAGUUCAUGACACUAUGAUAAUCCAGGACAAAGUGGCGUUUGUUACUGGCGGGGCACAGGGGAUAGGACGAGCUAUAUGUGAGGCACUGCUGAAAAAAGGAGCCAAGGUUAUUAUAGCGGAUAUCAACGUCACAGAGGGGAAGUCGACAGCGUCAGAGUUUGCCACUGAGUAUGCUGAUAACGUCACCUUCAUAGAAUGUGACGUUACAAAUCAAGAAAGUGUGGAAGAUGCGUUUAGGAAAGCGAAUGACAAAUACGGUCGAGUGGAUAUCAUUGGUAAUAACGCGGGCGCCUUAAUGGAAAAUGAUCCCAUAGGAACAAUCAACUUGAAUUUGUGUGGAGAGAUGCGUGUAGCAGCAGUUGCCAUGAGGUACAUGAGAGCUGAUAAAGGUGGCGGCGGUGGGAUCAUUAUAAAUAUGGCUUCAUAUUGUGGCAUUAUGCCCUAUUUCGCCUGUCCCUCGUAUUGUGCCUCAAAGUAUGGCAUCGUUGGAUUCACAAGGUCUAUUGCUAUGAGUCCAGAUUUUGAUGUGCACAAAGUACGAAUGAACUGCCUUUGCCCAGAUACGGUUGAUACGGCCCUGGUGAGGCGUGUUUCCAAAGAAGGCGAAAAGAAAGGGUUUAUUUUCCAUUACGAUCACGUCAAAGAUGCAGCGAACCAGCCAAUGCUAAAGCCACCUGCAGUGGCUGAUGUAUUCAUAGACCUGGUUGAGGAUGAAAGCAAGAAUGGAGCGGCUGUGCUUAUCCCACGAAAGGGUCCUCCACGAGACAUCGAGUUUCCGGUAUAUCAGUGACGACCACUUACAAAAGAAGGCUGGCAUAUCGUUACUCUUACAUUUAUAUAUCUGAAUUUCUUUUUUGGUUAUUUGUAAAUAAUUCUUGGUUUAUUUUUUAGACGAAGAAAAAUCGGAAAAUUAAAAAAUCGAUUGACAAAGAAAGAAACUUUAUUAAUUUUUCGUGUGAAAUUUCGCUUAUGGCCGCCUGCGCUUAAGAGAGAUGCGCAAAAGCUCUGCACACAUAUAAAAGUGCAGGUUGCAUUAUACUCGAACAUAAUAAUAAUAAAUAAUUAUUAUACAUAAAUGUAGCAGUACUUGUGCAAACGUAUAAAACAUUUCUUUAUUAAAAAAGAAAAACAAAAACCAAAUGCACAAAGAUGAAUAAGUUGUUGCAGUUUUCCAGUUUUAUGCAAUAUAUGUUUGCAAAUCUCUUUUUUUUUCAACAGUGCAAAUAAAAAAAUCUCAUCUGAUUUGCUUAUGUAUCCUGUCCUUA